GAUGGCAUACGAGGCACGAGUUCAGGAGGCACAGAAAGAAAAACAACGGGGGGUUAAGGGCAAGGAAAAGUGUGAGAAGAAGAUAAGGAAUACAAAACUCGUGCUUAAAGGCUUGAGCAACCAGCUAGAUAUAGUGCAAGACAAACUGCAGGGAGAGCUGAAAAUGUCACUGGAGAGAGAGGACAAUCUGAAGAUGACUAUAGAAAAAGCCACAGCUAAUCACAAGGCUGAAGUAAAACAACUGCGGCACAGUCUUUAUCUAGCCAAAGUGGAGGCCAGAGAAAUGGAGAUGAAGUUUCGCAAUGACAUCAUAGAUCUAAAACAAAAGCUGGGGGAUAAACAUGCCUUCUUAGAUGGAGAGCUGAAGAAAUCACUGAAGAAAGAAAUGGGGUUUGAGGAAACAGUAAAGAAGCUCACACUCACAGAACUUCCGCUGCCAUGUGACAUGCUGGUUAAGGAGACUGACACAGAGAAUCCAUGGAAGGUUCUGAACAAUAUAUUAUAUGUUGAGAAAAUAAAGGAGACGCAUGAACGUUUGGACAACAGGUUGUGGAGCACCAAAGCUGACCUGCAGAUGAAGCUGAAGGUGUCAGGAGAGGAGAAACUGGAGAAUCUGAUGAGGAUGAGAAAAAACACAAACGCCAAAAAGGCUGAAAUAGAACCGCUGAACAGUCUACAUAAAGCCAAGGAGGAGGCCACAGACACUGAAGGAAGACUUAAUACUGACACCUCACAACAAAAGCUGAUUGACGAACACACCAGAAUGAUCAGAGGGCUGACGAAAUCACUUAAGGAUGAAGGAAAGCUUGAAGAAAAAAUAAAGAACCUCAGGCAUCAGCUGAUUAAGGAGGCACAACACCCGCUUCUGGACUGCCUUGGAAUGAACCAGCAGAAUGUAACUAAGGACCAUCUCAGAUGGAGGAAAAACUGUCCGUGGGGAUGAACCCAGUGGUGAACACAGUCAAGCAGGAUCUGAGAGAGCAGUACGGAUGAAAUGUAUGAAAAUAACAAAUGUUGAAAAAUUGA